AUGGCCACUUCAAACCAUUCCUCAAUAACUGCAUUUGUCCUCGAAGGGUUAACAAAAUGCCCAGAGCUCCAACUGCCACUCUUUCUUCUCUUUUUUGGAAUAUAUGUGAUCACAGUGGUUGGGAACCUGGGCAUGAUCAUUUUAAUUACUGUCAGUUCUCAACUUCACUCUCCAAUGUAUUAUUUUCUCAGUCAUUUGUCAUUCAUUGAUCUCUGUUACUCCUCUGUCAUUACCCCUAAGAUGCUAGUGAACUUUGUGUCAGAGAAGAACAUUAUCUCCUUCCUGGAGUGUAUGGCUCAGCUUUAUUUCUUCCUUAUUUUUGUAAUUGCAGAAGGCUACCUUCUUACAGCCAUGGCAUAUGACCGCUAUGUUGCUAUCUGUAGCCCACUGCAUUAUAAUACUAUUAUGUCUCAUAGGGUCUGUUCUAUAAUGAUGGGCGUAGUAUAUUCACUGGGGUUCUUUGGGGCCACAGUCCAUACUACUCGCAUGUCAAUGUUGUCCUUUUGUGGGUCUCAUAUUAUCAGUCACUAUUUUUGUGAUAUUCUUCCUCUGUUGACUCUCUCUUGUUCCAGUACCCGCAUUAAUGAGAUUUUACUAUUUAUUAUUGGAGGUGUUAAUACUUUAGCACCUACCCUGGCUGUUCUCAUUUCUUACGCUUUCAUUCUCUCCAGUAUCCUUCGUAUUCAUUCCACUGAAGGCCGAUCCAAAGCCUUUGGCACUUGCAGCUCCCACCUCAUGGCUGUGGGGAUCUUUUUUGGGUCUAUAACGUUCAUGUACUUUAAGCCUCCUUCUAGCAAUCAUAUGGAACAGGAGAAAGUAUCCUCAGUGUUUUACACUACAGUGAUCCCCAUGCUAAAUCCCUUGAUCUACAGUCUGAAGAACAAGAAUGUGAAGGAUGCACUGAGAAAAGUAGUUGGGGGAAGGGAGUCAUCCUGA